CGACCGACCGGCUCGCAACGCAACGGCCCGGUCACAAGUGCAGUAACUUUACUUUAUUUUUAUUUCCGAAGGGACUGUGACAGGAGAUAUUUCUUGCUUGGUACCAAGUCUGAUAACAUUCUGCGACUAUAAUGAGAAUUUUUCCCUGAAAAGACCCUUACUCGGGCGUCGCUGAAAAUUUAGGUAGGAAAGGGAUUUGUAAAAUCUUCAAAAUGUCAAAGGUUAAGAUUACAUUUUCAAACAAACUAACAGAGUCUGAUCCCCUUGUAAAUCCUGUAAUUAUAAUCGGGAAACUUGAAAAUCUGAAACAAGUUUCCUUCAACGUCAUCAAAGCAAAAUUGGAUCCACGUGUGUCUGAGGAGGUUUAUCAGUCAGCUCUAACAUGUAUGCAGCCAUCCCCCACCGAUGUGUGUUCGUUAUAUCUGAACAUGGCAACCCUAGCAGCAUUGCCAAGGCGCUGUGCAAGACACAACGCUCCAUCACAUGCUAAUUUCAUUACAAAGCUUGUGCGUUCUACAUGUUUGGGUGUGGAUGAAUAUGUUGUGAUUGUGUGUGAAAGACAGGAUGUUCUCGCAUCUGCCUGUGCUGUGGCCCGAGCAUACCCAAUAUAUUCACGCAAAACUUUAAAACCAACAAGCACACCCAAUGGUACUGCUGGGGCUGCUUGUACAGCAACAUCAGCCACAGUCAGAGUAGAAUUUAUACUUGUUGAUGGUGGUAAAGGAGAAAAUGUGCAGCCGUUGUCAGAUGGUGACCUUCUCUCUCUUGAAGAAAUUUGUGCUAGUGUCCGAACUGUGGCUCGAAUUGUAGAUACUCCUUGCAGUGAGAUGAAUGUGAAAGACUUCACAAAUGAAAUUGAACAAGUGGCUGCUGAACUUGGUGUUGCUUGCACUGUUAUUGUGGGGGAAGAACUCCAAGAAAAAGGAUUUGGGGGUAUUUACGGCGUUGGCAAAGCAGCUAUUGUACCCCCUGCACUAGUCACUCUGUCCUAUACUCCUCCUAAUGCAACUCAGACUAUUGCCUGGGUAGGCAAAGGCAUUGUGUAUGAUACUGGUGGUCUUAGCAUCAAAGGCAAGACUGCCAUGCCUGGAAUGAAACGUGAUUGUGGUGGAGCUGCAGCAGUAUUGGGGGCUUUCCGCGCUGCUGUUAAAUUAGGGUUUUCAGAAAACCUCCACGCUGUAUUUUGUCUAGCAGAAAAUGCUGUUGGUCCCAAUGCUACUCGACCAGAUGAUAUUUUAACUUUGUAUUCUGGCAGGACUGUAGAAAUCAACAACACUGAUGCAGAGGGGAGAGUAGUCCUUGCUGAUGGUGUAUCAUAUGCUCAAAAGGACCUCAAGGCUAAUAUUAUUUUGGACAUGGCAACUCUGACUGGUGCUCAGGCUAUUGCAACUGGACGAUACCAUGCUGCUGUCCUUACAAACAGAGAGGAAUGGGAAGAAUACUGCCUGCAAGCCGGCAGGACAAGUGGUGAUUUGACAUUCCCAAUUCCUUUCUGCCCUGAGCUACAUCUGCCAGAAUUUUCAUCAGCCUUUGCAGACAUGAAAAAUGCUGUGGCGGACCGUGGCAAUGCUCAAUCAUCUUGUGCCGGCCUGUUCAUUUUUGCACAGCUAGGAGUUGAUUUCCCUGGUGCUUGGAUUCACGUUGAUAUGGCUAGCCCAUGUCACUGUGACCUUUGUUGCAGGGUGAAAGAGCUACUGGAUAUGGAGUGGCUCUGUUAGUCACAUUGUUUGGAAAUUAUUCUUCACAGCCACUUCUACAGAACAUGUCAUCUCUGGCUUUUGAUGAGGUGUUUGAUAAGUUUGAAACUUGUAAGAAAUUCAAACGCAACUAGCAAUGGAAACUAAUUCAAAGACACAGGAAAGUUUGUUUCUUGUAUAUAGUAUCUGAGAUAAGAGUUUUUAACCAGAAUUAAUUUGAAUCAAUUUUGUUGUACAUGUUGUAUUGUAUACCCUGCUAUAAAAUAUAUUCAUUAUAAUCCAGGCAAAGACAAAAAAAAAGAGAGAGCCAUGAUAAUAAUAUAAUUUGUUUUUAACAA